AUGGCAGUCACCCGCCUGCUUUUGCUGGCUUUUCUCGCGGCAGACACUCGGGCCAUCGCUGGCUACGCCCCUGGCUCGGAUGAUGGUGCGGUCGCCUCGAUCGUCGCCCGGCGCCAGAUGUACGACGGAAACCGUGGCGGCAGCAGAACGGGCGGCGGCGGCCAGCAGGAGACAGAGGCGGCGCUCUUGGCCACACCCCGCGCCCGGCGCUCGCUCGAUAGCACCGGAACGUACGGCACGAUCUUUGGGCGCAAGAUCGGGCAGACGAUGCAGAUCUUUGCGUACUCGAGCGACACGGCAACGAACGGUGCGUCCGGCGUGCUCAUCGACGCGGACACCGCCCUCUCCUGGCAAACCGUCGAGGUCGCCUUUGCCAACGGCGUGAUCGAGAGCGUCGCCGCCGAGAACGGCCUCACUGCGACUAUCAAAACGAACAACAAGGAAGUCGGCGUCGGCGACAUGGCUGGCUCGGGCGACACCCACCCCGCCGGCCUCGUCAUGACUGUCACCUUCACCUCCGGCACGGACAUGGACAGCGUGUACAUCGACUUCUCGUCGAGCACAACCGUGAUCUGCAUCUUGACCUGCGUCCCGUUUACCUCGACGCCCCGUGUGGCGACCGUCGUGCAGGACAAGAGCAACAACCUCUACCUGUUUGCCUCGCCCAACACGCCCACCGACGGCAAGGCUUCGACCAUCGAGAUUGCGGUCACGGGCGCCGUUGACGAGAGCGACAUCACCCCCCUUCUCACUGACAUGACGCUGCAGGUUGGCAGCGGCUUCUUCGGGCUGACCAUCCUCGACGGCACGUCGAAUCUCCCCGACGGCGAGGCGAUCGCCGUCGCGUCUCGGCCCCUCCUCGACAUCGACGUGGACUCUGUGACGACUGCGGUCGUCGCCUCUCCCGCCGCCCCGGCAUUCGACGCGCUCAUCUUUGUCAUCGGGGCGGCCUUCGACCCGUGCGUCUUGUGCAACGCAAUCGUGAGAAAGACUGGCAACAGGCCCCCAUCGUACGGAAACCCGUGCCUGCCUGGCGACCCGACGAAAACCUACAAGGACGGCCCCAAAUCCUCCGCCGACCUCGUCCAGUUGACUACCGAGUGCUACACGAACAUCGCGGACGAGAGUCCGGUGCGCCGCUGCGUCUAUGACUACAAGGAGGGGUCAGGAUACGAUUACGAUGGGAAAUAUAACGGGGAGCCCCUUAACCGAAUUGAGACGUGCAUGAUGCUCCCGUCGCCGUCCCCGCCUGCGCUUCCGCCGGCCUCGUACCCGCCGCCGCCGCCGUCCGGCUCGCCCGCGCCGCCGCCGCCGUCGGCCUCGCCCUCCCCGCCGCCGCCGUCCGCCUCGCCGUCGCCGCCGCCUCCGUCCGCGUCGCCCUCGCCUCCGCCACCCUCCGCCUCUCCCUCCCCGCCACCUCCUUCCGCGUCGCCGUCGCCACCGCCUCCCUCCGCGUCGCCGUCCCCGCCGCCUCCGUCGGCCUCGCCGUCGCCGCCGCCGCCAUCCGCGUCGCCGUCGCCGCCGCCUCCGUCCGCCUCGCCCUCGCCGCCGCCUCCCUCCGCCUCUCCCUCCCCGCCACCUCCUUCCGCGUCGCCGUCGCCACCGCCUCCCUCCGCGUCGCCGUCCCCGCCGCCUCCGUCGGCCUCGCCGUCGCCGCCGCCGCCGUCCGCGUCGCCGUCGCCGCCGCCUCCGUCCACCUCGCCCUCGCCGCCGCCUCCCUCCGCCUCGCCGUCGCCACCGCCGCCGUCCGCGAGCACCGACACGUACGGCACGAUCUUUGGGCGCAAGAUCGGGCAGACGAUGCAGAUCUUUGCGUACUCGAGCGACACGGCAACGAACGGUGCGUCCGGCGUGCUCAUCGACGCGGACACCGCCCUCUCCUGGCAAACCGUCGAGCUCGCCUUUGCCAACGGCGUGAUCGAGAGCGUCGCCGCCGAGAACGGCCUCACUGCGACUAUCAAAACGAACAACAAGGAAGUCGGCGUCGGCGACAUGGCUGGCUCGGGCGACACCCACCCCGCCGGCCUCGUCAUGACUGUCACCUUCACCUCCGGCACGGACAUGGACAGCGUGUACAUCGACUUCUCGUCGAGCACAACCGUGAUCUGCAUCUUGACCUGCGUCCCGUUUACCUCGACGCCCCGUGUGGCGACCGUCGUGCAGGACAAGAGCAACAACCUCUACCUGUUUGCCUCGCCCAACACGCCCACCGACGGCAAGGCUUCGACCAUCGAGAUUGCGGUCACGGGCGCCGUUGACGAGAGCGACAUCACCCCCCUUCUCACUGACAUGACGCUGCAGGUUGGCAGCGGCUUCUUCGGGCUGACCAUCCUCGACGGCACGUCGAAUCUCCCCGACGGCGAGGCGAUCGCCGUCACGUCUCGGCCCCUCCUCGACAUCGACGUGGACUCUGUGACGACCGCGGUCGUCGCCUCUCCCGCCGCCCCGGCAUUCGACGCGCUCAUCUUUGUCAUCGGGGCGGCCUUCGACCCGUGCGUCUUGUGCAACGCAAUCGUGAGAAAGACUGGCAACAGGCCCCCAUCGUACGGAAACCCGUGCCUGCCUGGCGACCCGACGAAAACCUACAAGGACGGCCCCAAAUCCACCGACGACCUCGUCCAGGAGACUACUGAGUGCUACACGAACAUCGCGGACGACCCCACGAAACCGGUGCGCCGCUGCGUCUAUGACGCGAUGAUGGGGUCAGGAUACGAUUACUAUGGGCAGAGCAUUGAUCGGCCCCUUGACCGAAUUGAGACGUGCAUGAUGCUCCCGUCGCCGUCCCCCCCUGCGCUUCCGCCGGCCUCGUACCCGCCGCCGCCUCCGUCCGCCUUGCCUGCGCCGCCGCCCUCCGGCUCGCCGUCGCCGCCUCCCUCCGGCUCGCCGUCGCCGCCUCCCUCCGGCUCGCCGUCGCCGCCGCCGCCCACGCCGCCGCCUCCCUCCGCCUUGCCUGCGCCGCCGCCCUCCGGCUCGCCGUCGCCGCCUCCCUCCGGCUCGCCGUCGCCGCCGCCGCCCACGCCGCCGCCUCCCUCCGCCUUGCCUGCGCCGCCGCCCUCCGGCUCGCCGUCGCCGCCGCCGUCCGGCUCGCCGUCGCCGCCGCCGCCUCUGCCGCCGCCUCCCUCCGCCUUGCCUGCGCCGCCGCCGUCCGUGUCGCCGUCGCCGCCGCCGCCUCUGCCGCCGCCUCCCUCCGCCUUGCCUGCGCCGCCGCCGUCCGUGUCGCCGUCGCCGCCGCCGCCUCUGCCGCCGCCUCCCUCCGCCUUGCCGUCGCCGCCUCCCUCCGGCUCGCCGUCGCCGCCGCCUCCGUCCGCCUCGCCCUCGCCGCCGCCACCCUCCGCCUCUCCCUCCCCGCCACCUCCUUCCGCGUCGCCGUCGCCACCGCCUCCCUCCGCGUCGCCGUCCCCGCCGCCUCCGUCGGCCUCGCCGUCGCCGCCGCCGCCGUCCGCGUCGCCGUCCCCGCCGCCUCCGUCGGCCUCGCCGUCGCCGCCGCCGCCGUCCGCGUCGCCGUCGCCACCGCCUCCGUCGGCCUCGCCGUCGCCGCCGCCUCCGUCGGCCUCGCCGUCGCCGCCGCCUCCCUCCGCCUCGCCGUCGCCGCCGCCUCCGUCCGCGUCGCCAUCGCCGCCGCCUCCGUCCGCCUCGCCGUCGCCGCCGCCUCCGUCCGCGUCGCCGUCGCCGCCGCCGCCGUCCGCGUCGCCGUCGCCGCCGCCUCCCUCCGCGUCGCCGUCGCCGCCGCCUCCGUCCGCCUCGCCGUCGCCGCCGCCGCCGUCCGGGACGCCGUCGCCGCCGCCGCCAUCGGCCAUCGCCGUCGCCGCCGCCGCCAUCCGCGUCGCCAUCGCCGCCGCCUCCGUCCGCGUCGCCGUCGCCGCCGCCACCGUCCGCGUCGCCGUCGCCGCCGCCUCCGUCCGCCUCGCCGUCGCCGCCGCCGCCGUCCGCGUCGACGUCGCCGCCGCCUCC